GUAUCAUGUUCAAUAGGCGAGGAACAUGGCGGAUAGUAUGGGCGCCCUGUAGUCGCGUGAGGAGAGGAGAGGAGGGGUGACGCUCGAGAGAUAGAAAGUGAAACGAGAAGGAAGAAGAAGCACACGCCCCAGAUGGCGUUCAUGUCCCGGUUCUCCCGGUCCCGGAGCAGCUCGAGAUCUCCCAACAGGAAAGAUUCGGGGCGCGGGUCCCCGGUGCUAACAGUGUCUGAGCUGGAACGGCUCCUCUACACUGGGAAAACAGCGUGUAACCAUGCCGACGAGGUCUGGCCCAGGCUCUACAUUGGAGACCAAGACAUUGCAUCAGACCGGCGUGAGCUGGCACGGCUUGGCAUCACCCACAUCCUGAACUGUGCCCAGAGUAAGUGGCGCGGCGGGGCGGAGUACUACGCUGGCAUGGACAUCACCUACCAGGGCAUCGAGGCCCACGACACGCCCUCCUUCGACAUGAGUGUCAACUUCUACCCCGCUGCAGAGUUCAUACACAGAGCCCUCAGCAGCGGUGGUAAGGUGCUGGUGCACUGUGCGGUGGGUGUGAGUCGUUCGGCCACGCUGGUUCUGGCCUACCUGAUGAUCCGUCAGAACCUGACCCUGGUGGAGGCCAUCAAGGCAGUGAAGGACCACCGUGGCGUAAUCCCCAACCGGGGCUUCCUACGACAGCUCAACGGCCUGGACAGCAUCCUCCGGGACAACCGCAAGGCUCUACACUCCCCAACCUCCGCAACCUCUCCAACCUCUCUUUAGAGCUAACAGGCUAACACAGCUAAAGACACUACUUUAGAGUUGUAACAAUGCUAACCCAUCUACAAAACCUGGGUUAACCAGGGUAAACAAUUUUUUAAACCAGAAAAAUACAUCAGCAACGGGUGUGUCAUUGUCUUUCCCAUGUCUUGAUCUCGUCAUGAAAAAGGCGUCUUUACCUGGUUGAAACAGAGACCAAUUGGUCAGAAUCUGGUUUUAUGACAUCUUCAAAACCAGAAAAACAGUUUACAACCAGAAAUGGAUAUAAUUCAAACGUCAGGCAGAAUUUCUUUCCUGCUGUGUGGUCGUGUGACAAUCGUUGUCUGUUUCCCUUUUUAUCUUUGGAUAAAAGCGCCUGGGUCUUGACUAACAGUCCCAGGUAUUGUGGUCAGUUAUACAGUACUAACUAUAUGGUAGAAUUAAGUAUCAAUGGGAUAUAAAUCAUGCCUUAUAUAGAAGUAACUUCAACCUAUACAGUGCAGUAGAGACAUGGAGACAUUUUGAUGACAUGUACAAUCAUAUCAUUCCCAAAUGGCCAUUCCAAGACAUUUAAAUGUUUCCCCUUAAACCACUCGAGUGUUGCUUUAGCAGUAUGCUUAGUAUCAUUGUCCUGCUGGAAGGUGAACCUCCAUC